CUAGGCAAGCACCUAAGCACCAGUCGACGCUGAAGUGUGGAGCGGUUCGGGUGUGUUUCCUCAAUUCAGGCGCACAUCGCCUCGUGUUCACUUGUUGUGUUUUGUGUUACGUAAUUUUGUUAUCGACGACGACGACGACGCUACCACAAGGAUUUCUCACAAUGGCGGUUCCCUUCGUCCUCCCGGAGGACGAAAUAAACAAUCUUAUCGUAGCAGUGAUUUUUAUUUUGUCGCAGACUCGCCUUCAAAGGAACGAAGAGAAUCGCGAGCUCCAAGAGUGUAUGGAGGAACUGGUGAGACUUCUUGCCGAAGAACUCCAGCGAAGAUCGCGUUCUUCCGAAUACGAUAAUCAGCUCAAACAGACGCUCUUAUUACUUCGACAGAGUCUAAGCCACUUCACGCCAACCUUAUCCAGGAUACAGAGGAGAUCGAAUUUUGAAUCCUGUUGUGACGACUGCAAAAUUUCACUUCACGAAGACUGUGCGACUAAAGACUGCAGUCAGGUUGGUCUCAUACUUCGAAAGAUUGACGACGACGAAACGUCCGCGAUAUUUAAGGAGGGAGUGGAAGAAGAAAAAGAAGGAUUUGUCGAAGAAAGUUUGUUAUCGCGUUUGGUGCCCCGAGUAAGGACGUUUUGGAAAGCAGUACCAUUGAUAUGUGUAGUGGGACUCCACCUAUUCCAAAUUAGUUAUUCUAUGUAGGUUAAGAGAUAUACGUAGGUCAUUUGCGCACUGCCUGUGUUAUGUGUGUUGUCCAAAGAGGAGCAAAACAAAUCAAAGAAUUGAUCUCAUUUAGUACGAAACGAAAGCGUACUCUCAGGAAUUUUUUAUAUGGUAUUUGAUUUGAGAAGAGAAUAAUUUGUAAAUUAAUGUGUACAUAUGCAUAAAGAUUCUAAAGUUGGAUUCAGUAUAGCCAAAGAUUGAAUGGUGCCAAAAGGCCUGAGCUAAGCAGGUGGGCGGGACGUCGUCCCUUUGUUCGCUUUCGCUACCAUGAGUCUGACUGUACUGUAGUAAGUUAAGUGUGGUGCAGCACUGCAGCAGUCUGGUCAGGUCUGGUUCUGAUGCAGUCGGCUGCCCUAAGGUUUUCAAAUGAUCUCCGUAGUUAGAAUAGCCCGGUGCGGCGAAAGGUGGACACGUGCCGAUCCAAAGUGCCGAUCAGCCCGCACCUGAAUUGUAAAUAUUCGCGGCGGAGGCCGGCUAUUCUUCAACACCGGCCAGCUACAGCUUUUUUUACUUUUUUAUAUACUAUAUUAUAUAGGAGUUCGUGUACAUACAUACAUAAAUACUGAUAUUUUUAAAUGAAUUUAAAGCAAUUGUAACUAGUUUAGCUUAGUAGUAAGUAGAUUUAGUAUGUUGCGCGCUCUAGAUGGCUCUUCAAAGCGUCUCUGUGAUUUGCCGAAGAGGCAGUUUUGUGCUUUACAGCACUUCAAUCCUGUUAAUUGAUCUCCGAAUACAUUUUUGUCAAAAUGUUUUUGUUCGUAGUUAUUAUUCCCUAGUCAGUAUAGUAGUUUAUUUAAGUGUUGACUAGGUUUCUCAUUAUUAAUUUCGUAAAUUUUUAGGGUUAGUGUGUUAUUGUUUAGUUGUUUUUUUUAUGAACUGAUAAUGCCAUAUGUUCUUAAUUGUCUUGUUUAUUAUGUUCGCCUUGUAAAUUACCUGAUCUGAGCUGGACCAAGCCGGCCACCGAGGCCCUUGUGUGAUAUUAAAAGCCCUCGGCAGACCAAUAAACCAAUUCAGUUAGAAUUGCUUAUGUAUUAUAUUUUUUAUUUCAAAUAAAUGUCAUAAGUUUUAUACAUGUUUAUAAACAUAUAGCUAUAUAAUAUUAUAUUUUUUGUGAAGUAUGGAAAGAGUAUAUGUUGCCGCGAAUUUUAGCAGCCAGUCUAUUAUAUGCCAUACUCACAUCUACUCCCGAUGGUCUUUCACUUGUAACUUUUUCACUUUUAUAUAGUUGAUUUGAAAUAAAUAUAAAUAUUGAAAGUCGA